AUGGCCUCCCGUGCCCUUGUCUCUGGUCUCCCCAGGUCCCUCCCUCCCCUUCCUCCGGGGCCUGCCCCCACCUGUGUUCCUUGUGUCGAGGGCCGGCAGCGCGCCGCUCCUCACUCCUCCUCGUUCCCUCCGACAGAGGCUCCUCUGCAGACUCUUCACAUGGACGUGUGGGGCCCAGCCCGCGUCCGUGGACAGGGUCACGAGCGUUACUUCCUGCUGGUCGUUGACGACUACUCGCGUUACACCACUGUCUUCCCCUUGCGCAGCAAGGGUGAGGUCACUGAGGUGUUGAUCGACUGGAUCUGCGGUGCUCGUCGCCAGCUCAGUGAGAGUUUCGGCUCAGACCUUCCUGUUCUGCGUCUGCACUCAGACAGAGGUGGGGAGUUUUCCUCCGACCUCCUGAGAGCCUUCUGUCGUUCGGAGGGCAUCCGCCAGAUGUUCACGCUUCCGGCCUCCCCGCAGCAAAAUGGGAUUGCUGAGCGCCGCAUUGGCAUGGUCAUGGACGUCGCUCGUACGUCCAUGAUCCAUGCGGCUGCUCCCCAUUUUCUGUGGUCGUUCGCGGUUCAGUACGCUGCGCAUCAGAUCAACCUUCAGCCUCGUGUCUCCUUGCCGGAGACCACACCUACUCUGCGGUGGACGGGGAAGGUUGGCGAUGCGUCCGCGUUCCAUGUCUGGGGAUCUCGAGCUUUUGUCCGCGAUACUACAGCAGACAAGCUGUCCUCCCGUGCCGUUCCCUGUGUCUUCCUUGGCUUCCCUCCUGACGCACCCGGGUGGCAGUUCUACCACCCCAGCUCGCGUCGUGUUCUGUCCUCUCAGGACGUCACGUUUGACGAGUCGGUGUCAUACUACCGUCUCUUUCCCUACCGCACUGCCUCUCUCCCUCCCCCGCCGCUCUUCCUCGCACCAGACCCUGCCGAGCCGGUCGAGGUAGCUGUCGACUCAGGUGCUACUAGGGGUGCUGAGCCUGUGGGUGCGGGGACUGGGGGUGCGGGGCCUGGGGGUGCUGAGUCUGGGGGUGCUGAGUCUGGGGGUGCUGAGCUCGGGAGUGUGGAGCCUGAGGGUACUGUGUCUGGGGGUGCUGAGCCUGCACGUGCUGCGUCUGGAGGUGCUCUAGGUGACCCGUUGUGGCGGGAGCCUCUCUCUCCUCAGCAGCUUCGUGAGUGGUACUCUCGGCGCUGUCGAGGUGCUGCUAGUGCUGGUGCUGCUGGAGCUGCUGGAGGUGCUGCUGGUGCUGCUGGAGGUGCUGCUGGUGCUGGCGCUGCUGGAGGUGCUGCUGGUGCUGGAGCUGCUCGAGGUGCUGCUGGUGCUGGAGCUGCUCGAGGUGCUGCUGGUGCUGGAGCUGCUGGAGGUGCUGCUGGUGCUGGAGCUACUAGAGGUACUGCUGGUGCUGGAGCUGCUGGAGGUGCUGCUGGUGCUGGAGCUGCUGGAGGUGCUGCUGGUGCUGGAGCUGCUGGAGGUGCUGCUGGUGCUGGAGCUACUGGAGGUGCUGCAGGUGCUGGAGCUACUGGAGGUGCUGCUGGUGCUGGAGCUGCUGGAGGUGCUACUGGUGCUGGAGCUGCUGGAGGUGCUCCUAGUGCUGGAGCUGCUGGAGGUGCUGCUGGUGCUGGAGCUACUGGAGGUGCUGCUGGUGCUGGAGCUGCUGGAGGUGCUGCUCGUGCUGGAGCUGCUGGAGGUGCUGCUGGGACUGGAGACCCUGGUCCUGAGGGUACCGGUUCUGUCUCUUCUGUUUCUGGAGGCGCUGCGCGGCCGCGGCCGUACUACGUUCCGCUUCUUCAGCAGGUUCUUGGCUCCCCGCCUUCUCCUGGUCCUCCUCCUUUCCUGCGUCCACCGCCUAUCCAGUCCCCGUUGCAGUUCCAGCCGGCCUCUCCACUGCCUAGUCCUUCUCCUUACUCUGGACCGACUAGAGGUCUUACAGAGCGUUGUGAGCCUGAGUCUCGUCCUUUGUCGCCUGAGUCUCGUUCUGCGUCGCAUGUGCGACCUGUUCGCACUAGUCGUGUUUCGCGUCCGCGUCCUCCUCCUGUCCCUGGCACUCACUCUAUGACUCUGCGUCCUUCUACUGCUCCGCAGCGUGUCCCUUUGCCGUCUCCUCCUGCGUCCUCUCUUCCUGCCUGUCCGGACCCUGCUUCUGACUCCCUACGUGCUGCCAGUCCAGCUGUCACGCGUUUUCUGGCCACUGCUGUCACUGACCCUUUGUUUGAGUCCUCUACUGGGCAACAGCGACGCCGGACGUGUGGUCAAACAGUGAGACUCCGUCCUUAG